AUGAAUGCAAGAAAAGGGAUAAGUUACAGCCUGAGAUAUGUACAGCGCUCCUUGCAGUCAUCCUCCUGCAAAAAUAGCCUGCUGGGUGAUCGACGGCUGUCGAUGUCCCACACAUGUCAAACUCAAACACAGACGGCUGCUGAACCUUUAACCAUAGCAACACAAGAAAAAGGGAUUCGAACUAUUUGUCUUAAUGAUCCUCGCAAAAGGAAUGCCUUAUCUCUUGCCAUGCUGCAGUCUCUACACAGUGACCUCAUUCGUGACCAGGACAGCCUCCGGGUUAUCAUCAUCAAGGCCAAAGGUCCUGUAUUCUCUGCUGGCCAUGACCUUAAGGAGUUGACAAAAGAAACAGGAAGUGGCUAUCAUGAAGAGGUAUUUUCAACAUGUACAAACGUCAUGGACCUAAUACAGGACUUGCCUGUUCCAGUUAUAGCACAGGUGAAUGGAUUAGCAACAGCCGCAGGAUGUCAGCUCGUGGCAACAUGUGACAUCGCUGUGGCAUCAACAGGUUCACAUUUUGCUACCCCAGGUGUGAGUGUCGGGCUUUUCUGUACCACCCCUGGUGUAGCAGUUGGCAGAUCAUUGCCUAAGAAAGUUGCCUUGGAAAUGUUAUUCACAGGACGUCCAAUCUCAGCUCAAGAUGCCCUGCUGCAUGGACUUGUUAGCAAAGUUGUACCAGAAGAUCAAGUCGAGGAGGAGACUUUGAAAAUAGCAGAAAGGAUUUGUGAAACAAGUAAGAGUGUUGUGGCACUGGGAAAGGCAGCAUUUUAUUCUCAAAUGGCACUCGAAAGGAAGCAUGCAUAUAGAUUUGCUGAAAAAAUAAUGGUACAGAAUCUGCAGCUGAAUGAUGCACAAGAAGGUAUCCAGGCUUUCAUUCACAAGCGAAAACCAGAAUGGACUCAAUAA